AUGUUGCUCUCGUUCGCUCAGCUUCGCUUGUUGUUGUGCCUGACUCUAGUAUGGCAGCUAGUUGCUGCCAAACACAUCAACCUAGUGGCCCGGCAAGAAGACACUGUCAAGACUGCAGAUGCGAGGUCUAGCUCCGGUAACGCGCAAGAAACGUCCAAGGUAACGGCGACGGGAACGGCUUCGGAUAACGAUAAAACCCAAACGGCCGUCAGAACCGCCUCAUAUACAGACAACCCUACCAAGACUUCAACUGAAGAGCCCGAGUCGACAUCUUCUGUCGUCAUCUCAACCGACGGUCCUCUCGAUAACUCGACCCUCACAAAUGGUAUGACUCUUUCAUCAUCCCGCUCCGAAGAUGAUGGUCUGACUGCUAACAUUACGAAAACAGUGGUUAUACCCCCCGAUCAGCUGCCCCUCAAGCCUCGAAUCACUCCAGGAUGGGGUGUCGCAGGUGCUAUCCUGCUCGUGUCAGGCGGCGCCUACACUUUCAUCGGUAUACGAAAUCGCACGGUUCACACCUUCUUCUCCACGGCCUGUGCGACCGCCCUCGGCAUCGCGGUGCUCAUCGUGUACGUUAUGAACGUACCCGUUAAGCUCAGCGUUCAGGGUGGCUACGUCGCUGCCGUCGUCCUUUCGGGAUGCGCUCUGGGGACCGCCUCGAUAUUUCUCAAGGAGUUGACAGAGUGCCUAUCCUGCGCCCUCGGUGGCUUCUGUCUGAGCAUGUGGCUGCUAUGCCUCUCCCCGGGAGGACUGCUCCACACAGUCUUCACCAAGGCCAUAUUUAUAGCCUGCUUCACCGUGGGUAGCCUUGCCUUCUACUUUAACCACUACACCCGCGAUUGGGCACUCAUUCUCACCAUAUCCUUCUCCGGUGCUACGGCCGUCGUUUUGGGCAUUGAUUGCUUCAGCCGCGCGGGGCUUAAGGAAUUCUGGGCCUACGUCUGGCACCUAAAUGACGACCUGUUUCCGCUCGGCACAGAGACAUACCCUGUUACAAAGGGCAUUCGCGCUGAAGAGGCCGCAAUCAUCAUCAUCACACUCGUCGGUAUCAUCUCACAGAUAAGACUGUGGAAGGUUGUCCGCGAGAAGCGUGCUGAGCGCGCCGCUGAACGUGCCCGGGGUCAGCGAGACCUUGAGGAGGAGGAAUCCAACAUUGGUCGCCAGGUCGAGGACGCCAACGUACGCGACCGCAAAGAAUGGGAGCGUGUAUAUGGAGACGGUGAACAGCAAAGCAGCGACGCCGACUCCCAAUUUGCAAGCUCAGAAGGUGUCGGCAGCUCUGGGGAGAAGAUCGGUGAUCGUCACCUCUGCGCUAACAACGUUGAUGACGGUGGCCGUGAAGAUGGUGCUGUCGAAAUCUGCGACAUGUCUGGUUCAGACCGUGUCGUGACCACCGUUGACCCGUUGACAAAGAAGGAUCAGGACGGCAAGGUGAUAGUCCGCAUCGCACAGGACGACCUUCCCGCGGACGCUGCUGACAAUCGGGAGAUGGAGACCCACUGCCCCGAUUCCGACCCCGACGCAACCGAUGAGACACAGAGCCCAGACACCCCCGCCUUGUCUGAGUUGCCCAUCAAUGCGGGCGCUGCUGCCGAAAACGAGAAAUGUUCCUCGGUACCAGACGCCCCCGCCGUGGUACCCUUGCCGUUCGCUGUGCCUUAUUCUCAGGACGACGGAGAUUCCGAGUCAAAGGGCGACCGUUCAUCCGUGGCCACGUUUGCGACCGAUGAUGAUGUCAGGGAUCCGACACAUAUUCCCACUCGCCAAGGAUCAUUUGCCAAGCGGCUGUCGCACGGCUCUAUUGGUAUCCUACGUAACUUGUCGCAGAGGUCGAAUGGCGGUCACAACAGCUCGUCCUUUCAACGAGGCGAGAGCUCGGAGGAGCUCAUCAUGGCCGGGGUGGCUGUGGAGGAGGUAGAGGACGGCAAUGACGCCAGGUCGUCCCUUGCGGCCACAUUCGAUGAUCUGAGUGAUGCGGAUAUCGCCAGCAUCGCCAGCAGCCGUCACACGUCGGUUAAUAGCCAACAGGGCGGAGAUGUAGAGGCAUUCGAGAACAACACUACCGCCAAGGACGAGACAGCUCCGCCACUCUCAACACAAAGCCAGGUUGCAGUUGAGCCGACCAAUCUGCAGGCAGCAGCCGAGGCGUCGACCGAAACUGUGGAGAAAGAGGCAGACGGUGCCUAUGCUGGGGAGCAUGGAAAUGAGAAACAGGGUUACGUUGAUGCCGGACAGACUCCAGCAAAGGAUCCGUCCGACAAGACCAAGUCUAACUCUUCCGGUCUGUCCACACCCACCAGCCUGACCAAGGGCCAUCUACCGUCCUCCCUGUCUCGAGUUGCCCUAUCCUACCGCACCAACGAAUGGGCCAAGCACCUGAGCUACGCCGAUGCUCCCGAGCCCGACGAUGUCGACGUCUCCCACGCAGUCGAGAUGUCUCCCACGCUAAAGUCAACGAGAAGGCAGGAGCGGGCCGCCCCGUUGGACGUCGAUGAUCUUCAGAGGGGUGCAGGAAAUGGCGGGGUGCCACCCAUCUCCAUCCUGCGAUCGGACUCUCAGACGUCAGUCUUGUCGACGACUGAGCGGAGGUCGCAGAGGAAGUCGCCCACAUCGCCCACGUUCCAUAAACUGCCGGUUACCGCCAAUGCUGACAGAGAGCAAGCGCUCGCCGCCCUGUCGGGUCACCCUGUCCCCGCUUCUAGCAGUCGCGUCAUGUCUCGAACGCCAUCAGCCUCAAACUUCCGCAGGGCCUCGCUCACAUUCGACCCUAGCUCCCAGCAACGCGAGGCUCGCGGACCAGCUACCAUCCCCGAAGACGAUGAGAGAUCCCAAAUCAGUGCCGCCCCGCAGAGGCAAGCCUCUGGCGACGAAGACUUCCCCCGCCAAUCUAUCCCUGGCAUCGUGUCCUUCUCUAGUCCCCAGACGCUGAUUGCCCAGAGGGAGACGUUCCUCCGUAACAAGUCGCACGGGAGCCUGCUAGCAUCUCCGCCUCCGCGCCCCGAAUCGAGGAUGCGGGAGGCUUCUGGCGAGCUGGGCGGCGAAUAUAGCAAUCGCAUUCCCUACGCAUCCGGCGCACUUGGUUCAGACGCGGACGACAUCCCCCUCAGUCAGCGCAGGCAGAUGAUGCAGCGCAAUUCCAGUAUGCCAUCUGUGGCCCAGCAACCGCAGCAACAGAGACGCCGCUCAUCCACGCAUCACCCCGUCAGCGGUUAUGACUUCUACAACAAUAAGAAUAGCAGCUACGAAGACCCGGCGACAUCCUCCUCGCCCCAGCCUGGUCGACGCAACUCGUCUGUGAUCUCACCGGCCGCCCGCGAAGCACGGCUAUCCCAGUUCCGCAGCUCGGUGGCCAUGGACCUGCGCAGCGGGACGCCUAUAGUGCCCAAUUCGGGACGCGAGACGCCUUUCGGUUCAACGCCCAAUCUCCUGGCCGGCAAUGGGCAACAGGAUGUGCAGAGGACUAUCCAGGCGCAGCGCAGUAUGCUCAUGUCAAAGAAAGAGGCUGAGAUCCAGAGGAAGGAGGCGAAGCUCCGCGAGAAGCAAUGGGCCGAGCAGGUGUUUGACGAGCGCAUGCGCAGCGGGGAACUUCUGGAUGCCCACCGGCAGGCCAUCCGUCGUAUGCAGCAGUCCGCCAACAGGGAAUAA